GAAAGUGAGCAAUUUAAUGCGUUCUAACCGUUUAACCUUGGCGAGUAACUUUGUUUUGAGUGUUAGCACAACGUUUGGGGACUGGCGACUUUUAACGUUAGCUAGCUAGCAGCAGACUUUGUUAUUGACACCUAACUAACAUAAUUCAUCUUAAUAAUGAAAAUAUUAAAUUAAUAAAGAUACCACAUGCUCGAGACCCCGGCAGCCAUUGAAUUUGUCAGUGUGUUCAGGCUUUAUUGAGCUGCUCUUACUCUCUGACUGUUGGCUAACACGCUCGGCCUGCAGGAUGGCCCAGGCAGACAGCAAGGUGCUGGUUCUGGGAGUGUUGGCUGGAGUGGCUGGAAUCAGUUUGGCUGUGGUGUGUUACCAGGGCUUUAGGUCACGACGAAGAGCCUCGUGGCCGAGGUUCUCCCUUAACCGCACUAAUGAACAGCGGACCGGCGUCACGUUGAUGGAUGGUCCAGGUCUGCCCAGGGGUCAGGCUGAGGUGCUGGAGCGCCUUGAGGCCCUGAUCCAGUGUGUGUCUGAGCUGAAGGAUGAGAUGAAGUCGUUGAAGAAUGCUCUGCCAGUACUGCAGGACCAAGUCAGGGAGGAGCUGAGGGGACGCAGUGAGGCGCGUCGAGCCAGCCCUCUCUGCAGGACCACACCAACACGAAGGAAAAGGGCUGCAGGCACCCUCACUGGGGCCAGAGCUGAGGGUCAGAGCUCAGAGGAAGCAGAAAGUGAGGGAGGGUAUAUGACUGCAUUGACAGACUCUGAGGAAGAAGAGCUAAGUGAUGCAGAACAGAGGGAUGAAGAACAACCUGCAGACAAGUUGUCUGUCCUCCUUGAGAGGAUUGACCGUUUGCAUCAGGGCUCUGAAUCUGACAAAAGAGAAAGUCUCAACCUCCUUUUGGAGCAGAGAGAGGAGUUUGGACAGAACUCAACAUUUCUUUGGCGGCUAAGCCGAGCUUACUGUGAUGUUCAUGACAUCAGCUCCACUCUGGAGGAGAAGAAGACCCAUGCAGAAACCGGGAAGAAAGUUGGUGAGGAGGCAGUGAGCCUGAACCCUACAUGUCCUGAAAGUCAUCAGUGGUAUGCCAUCAUGUGUGGAAUUAUGGCAGAAUAUGAUACAGUACAGAACAAAAUAAAGAACGGAUACAUCUUUAAGGAUCAUCUGGAUAAAGCCAUUGAGCUGAAGCCACAAGACCCCAUGUCCUACUACCUGCUGGGCCGCUGGUGCUACGCUGUGGCUCAGUUAUCAUGGAUUGAGAGGAAAGUUGCUGCAACAUUAUUUGGUGAGCCUCCAAGUGCCACAGUUGAAGACGCACUGAAGAAUUUUCUUAAGGUUGAGGAGAUCAGUCCAGGAUAUUCCAAACUCAACUAUGUGUUUCUAGCUAAGUGCUACAAAGACCUGGGGCAGAGGGAUAAGGCUAGGAAAAUGUGUGAAGCUGCUUGUUCAAAGAAUGCUGUGUCCAAGGAGGAUGAAGAGGCACAAAAGGAGCUGGACUUACUCUACCCAGCGCUUGGACUGUGAUGGCAGCAAUCGCACAUUCUUUUGGAAAUGUAUUUUCCAUGUGCUACAGGUGUGUGUGGGGUGGAUAUAGUGUGUAUUGAGAGGUCAUUGUGUUAAUUCACUCUGUGAGUGGAGGGAGGUGUGCUGUGGCAUUAUAUCAUCAGUGGGAGCAACAGGCUUCCACAGUCAGAACCAUAUGUAGUUUUUUUAAUCAUAAGUUCAAAUAUAUAUAUAUAUCCCAGUCGAUGUACUGUAUGUGUACAGCAGUAGCACACAUUCUCUCUCAGAGGUCUGAGUGCACUGAUAGCGAGAGUCACUCCAGUGUGUCUCAAAGGAUACCAAGUUUCCUUGGCAACAAAGACCUGUCGCUUUUUGGGAAAGUGACCCGCAGGACUUGCUGUUCUUUCCUGUUCCGUCCUGUUUUUUGGUGCGUCUCCCACCACAUAGUUCAAGUGGCAAUAACAAAAGCACAUCAGACAAUGGCGCACCCAAAUAAAGAUCUUGGAAUGCUGUGACCACUGGACGACCUCUUGCCCUGAGCAUGAGUGCUCACUGGUUACAUUUGCAUGCAGGCUUUGUAAAAUUAUUUGAUAAUGCAGUUGUCACACAUAUGUGACAACUGCAUGUAUGUCCAAACUCCACUGAAGACUACGAAUACGAUACGAAUAUAUCAGUUUAAGCGAGUUUCCUAACAUUUUUUAACCCUGGGUUAUUAACUGACCCUGGAUAUUUGAUUUUCAUAAUUUCUGACUAUACACCAGAUGUCCUCAGAUUAAUGUGCUCUUUUGCAUGUUUUUCCAGAUCAUUGACAACAAACCUCUAAGACAGGCUGAGCAAAGAACCCAUAAGUGAUUUCAAGGUUGCUUCUUUAAAUCAAAGUCUCAGUACAUAACCCCCCCGCACAGGUGUUUUUGAGCAAAUCCAGGUUCCUCUGGGAACCUUUCAGGAAGGUUUCUCUUCCUGGAGGAGUUCCUAAAUCCUUUUUUCCCACAUGUUCCUUUUUGAACGUUUACAUGGAGCUUUUGACUCCCUUACAUUUUCUUGGUCUUAUAUUGUUUAAAUAUUUGUAAUCUACAGUCAGUUUUAUUGAGGCAUCUGUUUUAUUAUGAACUUUUGCAGUGUCAGAAAGUAAGCACACUACUCGUACUUGGUACGCCAAGUUAAAGGGUUUAAUGUUUAUAGAAGGCUCCUGUUACACUACAUAUACUGCAUAUACAACACCUAAUUGUCCUGGUUAUGGUUCAGUUAAGGUUUUGCUCAGGUUUCAAUUAAUGUAAAAAACACCCCGUUAAGUCCACGUCCACAAUUUUUCAUACAUAUAGUGACAAAAGAUCAUCAUCAUCAUCAUCAUCAUCAGGCCUCAGCAGUACACUGACAGACAAAUAACAUAGUAAGAUGAAGGUGUUUAAAAAAAAUGACCUUACUGGUGUGCGUGUAAAUGGAGUCCUUGACGGGGAAACUGGAGAGCAGUUUUUUUGUCGCCUGUAUUUCUCUCUGUAACAGAAAGGUUGGACCGAUGGCUCUCUAAUGACUAAAGCAGAGCAUGAUGUGAUGGUGCAUACGAUUGCAUUCCAUGCUAGAUAAUGACACUAAAAUGUGAUCCGAUCAGGCUGAAGCAAUGUUUAAAUGUUUAAUUUUAUUGCUGUCUUAUGCAUUCCUAAUUAUUUUACACUUGUUAAUGUUUCUACUCAAUCUUGUUAAGUGAAAUGCAUUUUAGACAUGCAUAUUGUAUGAAACCACGAGGCUUUAGUUUUGUGUACUGUUGAGAUUUGUUUUGGAGCGGCCUAUGGGUUUAGAGUCUGAUUCAUUUAAUUUCAUGUUAAGACUACGUGAAUUGUGAAAAUUACAAGAAGAAUUGUUUUUAUGUCACUUUACAGAUUUUUCUACGAGCACUCUGAAUGUAUUUGAUUUUCUUCAAAUGCCAAAGCAGAUACAAUAUUCCUCAAGGUUAUAUCAAAUCUGAUACACUACAUAGAGAUUAUACUGUACAGUAUCAUAGGCAUUGUGUGCACUAAAUGAUUAACGGUACUGGAGUCAAUAAUUAAAUCUGUGCAAUCCUGA